GUAAGUCUUAAAUAUUAGAGUGAACUUUAAAAUUAGUCCCUGGAAAAUAAGGUUUGCACGUUUUAUACUCAAAAUUUUUUAUUUAACCAUCAUCAAGCUCACAAUUGAAUCGUUGAUUUUUGAUUCACAACAAUAAAGGUGAAUUCUUUCAAAUCUUAUUCUCUCUCUCUCCCUACAAUUCUCAAAGACGCAAACCCUAAUCUCAAUAGGGAAUUGCGUAUUUCCAGCUUGAAAUUAGCGAUCAGUCUUUCCAGAUCCUUACAUCCCGUGUUGCCUAUCAGGAAUUAUGUCUUUUGUGCGGCCUCAGCAGCCACGAGGUGGCAAAUUUCACAGAGAUAAUAGAUCGUCUUGUGCUAGAAAUAGCAAUAUGGCUGUGAGGGCCACUGGUGCAGCUCCUAAUUACUACGGGAACUUUGGCACACAUGACUACAACAACUACCAUGACUUUACUCAAACGUAUAGGUUGGAUGGACUCAUGUACGACCGUCGUGGACCUGAUUUUGGACCAUCUCCCAAAAGGAGAAAGACUUCAACUUUCUCUGCUGAAAGCACUGGGUCCAUUUAUCAGCAGCAACAGACAUACCAAUAUGAUCUUGCAAAUCGUGCUGACUCAUUCAAACCUUCCAGAUACUAUAAUGCUUGUGCCGAUGCCCAAUUAGUCUGCAAAAGUUCUGCUGCUGUUGCUGAAACCAGGUCUGGUGAUGCCAAUCUGAAUGCUUCUUCUGCAUCAAAGUGUGACCGGUUAAAGUUUGAGGAUGAGGAAGUGGUUUUCAUGUCUAGGGAUGAUAUAGAGAAAUCCUCUCCUUCCAGAAAAGAUGGCAUUGAUCAGCUGCAUGAAACAUAUCUGCGAUACUCCUAUUGUUCCUUCCUUCAAAAUGUUGGGGCUAGGCUUCAUUUACCUCAAACAACCAUUGGGACUGCCAUGGUGCUCUGCCAUCGUUUCUUUGUACGUCGAUCUCAUGCCUCUCACGACAGAUUUCUGAUAGCUACUGCAGUUCUUUUCCUGGCUUCCAAGUCUGAGGAGACACCAUGUGCUCUGAAUGAUGUCCUAAAAGCUUCGUGCGAAGUUCUCCACAAACAGGAUUUCUCACUUCUUUCAUAUAUGUUACCCAUUGAUUGGUUUGAAAAAUAUCGUGAGCGGAUGACUGAUGCUGAGCAAUUGGUCUUAACAACUUUAAAUUUCGAGCUUAAUGUGCAGCAUCCAUUUGAAUCUCUGACUUCUACGCUUCAAAAACUAGGCUUUGCACAGUCUGUCUUGGUGAAUAUGGCGCUGGACUUUGUCAGAGAAGGACUCAGAAGUUCGCUAUGGCUUCAGUUUAAACCUCACCAGAUAGCUGCUGGUGCUGCCUACCUUGCUGCCAAAUUCCUAAACAUGAAUCUUACUUCAUGUGAUAGCAUCUGGAAUGAGUUCCACACACCACCAUCUGUACUCAAAGAUGUUGCCCAUCAGCUGUUGGAACUAUUGUAGAAGAUCCAAGAUGAACUGCAUAAGAUCCCAGCUUACAUUACCAUACACUCCCACACUACUCAAGUUCAUCGCGAUUUUAUAGAAGUAAGCAUUUGUUAGCGUCAACAGAAUGCUUCCCUAUGCCACAUUAAGAGUAGUUAUAUAUUCUGCGCAACUCCCCUUGUAUCAUUGUAUGCGCCAAAGAUUGAAUCUAAAUCACUUUAUGUUAAGUUUUUCUGCAUUAAAGAUAAUGUAACUUGUUGGAGUGUAUUCUUAUGUGUAUACGUAUCACCCAAUGUAUAUUUAUAUUUUAGUCGGCUUUAGGUUGCUUGGCUUUA